AUUUCACUGUUUUUUCAUUUUUUAUUAAACUUUUUUUUUAUUAUCACACAAUGCCCAUUCUUGAAAUUAUCUCUGCAGAAACUCCCAAAGACAUCAAGGCCUUUACUCAACGCUUAAGUAAGGUCUUUGCUGAAAGAAUCGGCAAGCCCGAAGAUUACUGUAUCGUUACUUAUCAAAAGGUCGAUUCUUACUCUUUUGCUGGUUCUGAUGAGCCUGGUUUCCUUGCCAAGGUUGGUUCCAUUGGUCAUAUUGACAACGAACGUAACGCCAAGUUAGCUGCUGCAGUCACUGAAGAACUUGAAAAAGAGUUGGGCAUCAGUUCUGAACGCGGUUAUUUCAUUUUCACUGAUGUUCCUGCUGAAAACAUUGGUUGGAAGAAGACUACUUUUGGCAACAUUUUAAAGAAUUAAAUAAAAUUUAUAAUCAUGCACACUAAAAAAAAAAAAAA